AACCCGCCUACAACUUGUCAAGCAAAACACAUGCAGGAUCGAUACGUUUUGGUCUGUCUGGGGCCGACCAACCGAAGAGAUUAGGGAAUGUAGUACUAUGCACAUAUUUCGAUCGCACGAUCGUAAAUUUAAUGACAGAUUUAGUCCCUCUCGCCGAUAGAAAGCCGGACUGACUACACACUGUGUAUUUAAUUCAUUCAUAAAAGACCUCCGCGGUUGACUCAUUCUUGUUUACGCUGUGUGUACUGGAAAUACGACUUGGACGAAUUAAUUUCAAUCUGGCAUAUCAAAGGACAUGUUGUGAAGCUGGGAGUCUUCUGCCGGGGGCUGAGGAGGAUCCGCACGCCAACCCUAGCCACGUGAUUUCUGAAGCCAAUCCUGGAACACUUGAUAAAUUACUACAGCAAGUCUGACUUAAUAUAUAGAAGAGCUGCAGGUGCGAUCCGCUAUCAUUGGUUUGGAAGUUGAGGAGUCAGCUGUAGCUGCAAGGCUAUAUUGUAUUAGGAAAUAGUUCUUUAAGAUGUCUCAAACAAGGGAAACAGUGACGGAGAAGAGAACAGUAAUAAAGUCAUCAUCGGGAUCUCAUGGAGGUUUCGAUAUGAAGCCAUCUGUGGAUGACCACUCGGACAUUAACUUCAAGUCCAGUAUCACCCCUCGCCGUAGCAAUGUCAUCCAAAGGAUGUCUACGGGUCCUGGUUUUAGACAAAGCAUGGGAGGAGGCAGCAGCGGGGGCACCAGUUAUGUGCGAACCGUGGAAUACGGAUACGGGUCCAAAAUGGAUUCUGGCUUUGGACCAGGGGGAUACGAGAAGGUGUCUUCUACAGGCGUGAGUACGGUGAAAAACAACCGUGAAAGGGAAAAGAAAGAUAUGCAAGAACUCAACGAGAGAUUUGCUAACUACAUCGAAAAAGUUAGGUUUUUGGAAGCCCAGAACAGAAAGUUGGCAUCCGAGUUGGAGAUGCUGAGAGAUAAGUGGGGACAGGAAACAAGUGCUGUGAAACAAAUGUAUGAAUCGGAGUUAAGUGAGGCCCGGAAACUGAUAGACGACCUGACCCGCGAGAAGACCAAUCUGGAAAUUAAGAACCAGGCUCUCCAGGAGCAGAUGCAGGAUAUGCAGAGGCAACUGGAUGAUGCCAAGAAAUACCGCAACCAAGACCGGGACACGAUCGCCAGACUCAACCAACAGGUAUCGGACCUCGAGGCAGAGGUCAAUCUCCUCCGUCGCACCGUUGACUCCCUAGAAACCGACAGAAGCCGUGACCGUGACAGAAUUAAGAGUGUGGAAUCAGAAGUAGACAGGUUAAGACUGGAUCUGAAUAAUGAAACAUUGGCCCAUCUGGAUGCUGAGAACAGAAGGCAGACCUUGGAAGAAGAAAUCGAAUUCCUAAAGAAGGUCCAUGAACAGGAAUUAAAGGAGUUAGCUGCUCUUGCUUACCGCGACACAACGGAAGAGAACCGAGAGUUCUGGAAAUCCGAACUUUCGCAAGCCAUCCGUGACAUCCAGAAAGAAUACGAUUCCAAGGUGGACCAGAUCAGAGGUGACAUGGAGGGAUUUUAUAACCUCAAGAUUCAAGAAUUUCGCACUGGAGCCACCAAACAGAAUAUGGAGGUUACCCACAUAAAGGAGGAGAACAAGAAACUCAUGAAAACGAUCUCCGACCAGAAAGGAAGACUUGCAGAUCUAGAGGCCAGGAAUGCCUUGUUAGAGAAGCAAUAUCAGGACCUCCUGCGUGAAUAUGAUUCAAUCGAAUCCGAACAUACUAUUGAAACUACAAGGCUUAAGGAAGAAAUUACUAGCCUUAGAGCUGAGAUGGAAGGUAUACUGCAAGAACUACAGGUUAUUAUGGACCACAAACUAUCCCUGGAACUAGAGAUUGCUGCCUACAGAAAAUUGCUGGAAUCAGAAGAAAGCCGAUAUGUACGUGGUAUAGUUGCAAGUGUGGCUGCAUUUCGCCAUCCUACAUGGCGAAAUCAGAGAAUGCAACCCAACACUUACACAGAAACCCAACCCGACGAGGAACCCCAGGGUCUUCCUGAACCCAAACCUGUCCCUGAACUCAAACCAGAAGUAGAUGAUGAUAGAGCGGAAAGAGACAUAACCCCAGAUGAGGACAAUAAACCAAUGGAGGAAGAAACACCAUCCGUGGAACUGAAUGAGGAGAUUGUUCCGGAAGAAUCGAAACCAAAAGAGACAGAACCGACUAAAAUGGACGAAAAUGUACCAGAUAAAGAGGAAACGAAAGAAGAAGAGCAAUGUACAGAGGAUUCAAAGGUUGAAGAUCAAAUAGAGGAGGCAACAGAAACUGUUGACGAACAUCAAACAGAGGAAAACAAAGGCGAUGAUGAUCAGAAUAAAGAAGAUGGUGAAAAGAAAGACGAAGUAAGAAAUGAAAAACAAGAUGAAGGAAAAACUGACCAGAAUAAGGAUGAAGACUCUACUCCCAAAGAUGAGGCAGAAUCUGUUCCCCAAACUGAGGAAGAAUCUAACCUCAAAGAUAAUGAAGAAUCUACUCCUAAAGAUGAGGAAGAAUCUGCCCCCAAAGAUAAUGAAGAAUCUGCUCCCCAAAAUGAGAAAGAAUCUGAUUCUCAAAAUGUUCCGAAAGACGAGACCAAAGAGAAAGACAGCAACGAGAAACAUACAGAAGGGGAAGAGAAUGGUGAUAAAGAGGUUUCCGGAAAAGAUACAGAGGUCGAAGAUCCUAGUGUUACUAAUGAUAAAGAUGUCGAUGAUCAGGAUGAUAAGAGUGGUGACAUUCAGAAAGGAGAAGAUAAACCAGAAGAUAAAUCUGAUGAUAAAAACAUUCAGAAUAACAAAACCAAUACAGACAAAACUGAUGAUAAACAAUCAGAUGACAAGGAAGAAGAAUCUAAAUUUGAAAGUGAAAAACCAGAAAAAGAAAACGAAAAAUCAGAUGAGAAAGCAGAUGAUAAAACUAACGAUAAAAAGAGAAAUGACUCGGAAGAAAAUGAACUGAAAGACGAUACUCCAACAGUAAAUGGAGAUGAGAAAAAACCUGAGGAGGAUGGCGAAGAAUCUCACCAGACUAUGAAGAUGAUGCGAGGCGAGGUGUCAGCUAAGACUACCUACCAAAGAACGUCCACUGGACCUCUGUCCAUUUCUGAAGUCUGUCCCGAGGGAAAAUUUAUCAGCCUGGAAAAUACAUCCAGUGGGGCCAACAGAAGGGAAAUCAACAUGGAUAGCUGGAAGCUGAAGAGAACAGUUGAUGGCAAGAGAGAUUACAUAUACACAUUUAGAAACUUUACUCUUAAACCCGGCAAGGUUGUCAAGAUCUACUCUCGAGGUUCUGCUGCCGAUGCCAGUGUUAAUGAUUUAGUGUAUAGAGAUGACGACAGCUGGGGCGUGGGGUCACAGGUCACAACUGUCCUCCUAAACGACAGCAACGAGGAGAAGGCCACACACACACAAAAGACACUCUACAACUAGGCGAAUUUACCAAAAUGAUAGUGAUUCAACUACUGCAAUGUUAUUCAACGGCUUUCUGCUUUGUAAUUUUUAAAACGUUUCUACGUCCAAAUAUUUUAAUGUAUCUGUUACGUAAUUGUACAGUGCGCGCUUUAGCUGUUUAAGUAAUGGGGAUUCAUUUUUGUUAAAGUGGUUGUGAUUGUAGCGUAAAAUAGUUGUCUUCCAUGGGCAAAAAAACUACUUAUUUAUUCCAGCCUUUGUAUUUAAACUUUUAAUUUUUUAUACGAGACCAGUGAAGAAUGCGUUAUACAUGUUUUUAUGAUAUUAAAUAAUAGUAUUUAUGUUUUAUCCCCAUGUUAAACUGAAGGUGUCUUUCCAUUGCCUUGUUUUCUUACCAUAGUGAGGUUAGUUUAGAAGGCUUUUUCUUUUCGAACUUUGGAGGGACAUGCGCAGUAAAGGACCUGUGAAAUCUUCGCGCACUCCUGUAUAUAUAUGAAACAUAUUCUUUCUCCGUGUCACUGCUUGUAAAACAAUAUAACACAAACUUAGGUCCCCUGCAGCCUGUUACUUGCCGAUUUCUUCAGAAAUAAAGUGUGUUUAAACGAUA